AUGGAUCCAAGUCAUUCGACGAUUUUGAGUGAUGCUGCUCAACAUGGAAACAUCCUGGCAUUGUACUUGGCAAUAAAGACGGAUCCGGAAGUUUUGGACAAGAUUGAUAAGAUUCCAUUUGCUGAGACUCCUUUACACACGGCCGCAUCAGUAGGACAGACAGAGUUUGCCAUGGAGAUAAUGAUGUUGAAGCCAUCAUUUGCUAGGAAGCUUAAUGAAGAUGGCUUCACCCCCAUGCACCUUGCUUUGCAAUUUAAACAAACUAAACUUGUGCUCCGGCUACUUGAUGUCGAUAAAGACCUUGUCCGUGUCCAAGGAAGGGGGGGAGUGUCUCCUUUCCAUUAUGCAGCCGAAAUUGGAGAAGAAGAUCUUUUGGUUGAAUUUCUAAAAGCCUGCCCAAAAUCUAUUGAAGAUGUGACGAAUCGAAAGGAGACUGCUCUCCAUAUCGCCCUUAAAAACAAACAAUUCGAUGCUUUUAUGUUACUGGUGGGUUGGCUUCGGCGGUCCUGGUUUAUCCAUGCUGCCUGGAUGGAAAAGAAUUUGCUGAAUUGGCCCGAUGACGAUGGCAACACUCCGUUGCACCUUGCUGUCUCAACAAAUGAUGCCGAGGUCGUGAGGCGUUUUGUGCAUUGUAUAUCAGUUGACAAGAACAAAAAGAAUUCGGCAGAAAAAACAGCUCUUCAAAUCUUGGAAGAUGAGAUGCAUGAAACCAAUUACAAAGAGACCGUUAUGAAGAUGAUACAUCGUUCCAUGAAAUGCCAGUCAUUAUUCCAGUUUCUAUUCCCGUCUCCUUCUCCUCUUGAAGUUCCACAACUGAAAGAAUUCUUAAGAUCUCGUUUCUCAAUUCAUGAGAACUAUUACAUAUUUAUGUUUCGUCAGAAUAUGGAUGUAAGCAAUGAUACGCGCAAUAUGCUGUUGGUGGUUGCUACAUUGGUUGUAACAGUUACGUACCAAGCAGCUCUGAGCCCCCCGGGAGGAGUUUGGCAAGAUGACUUCAAUGCUGAAACCGGUACUGGCCGUGCAGGAAGAACCGUGACCAUAUUACAGUUUGAUAUGGAAUUUAUGGGACAUCUUAGGCAUGUGAGUGUGAACAAAUUAUAUCAGGCUCAGGCCAAGAAGAUUAAGAAGAUGCGUCGGAGUUUCAACGAUGAGAAAUGCAUUGCCAUAGCUGAGGAAGUUGAUCGCCUCCUAUUGGCCGAGUUCAUUCGAGAAGCACACUACCUAGACUGUUUGCCCAACAUCAUGCUGGUGAAGAAGUCUAAUGGCAAAUAG